UUUGGUCCUAGCAGUGUCCUGCUGCCGGGCAAGUCUACGUCCUUGCUUGACCGUUACGAGAAGGCACAACGGUAGCAGCUGUGUUAAUCGAAUGACUCCAAUCGAUAGGCGAUUGGCGGAAGUCCUUUGAAUGCUAGUGACGCAAUCUGCGUGUCGUGACGCACAUGCUUGUCCUACGCCGACUAGCUUCUCCGGGAGCCAAUUUUGUGGGUGUCAGGGGGCGCAGCUUGAGUCUGGUGGAGUUUGCCGGUCAGUGGUCUAGUUUAGAAAGACGACAGUUUCAAGCAAACAUGCGUGUGAUCUGUGAUUUUGUCACGGAGAAAGAGGAACAACGCCUGAUACGGGAAAUCGAGCCCCACAUCAGCCGCUUGCCUUACGAGUCAAGUCACUGGGAUGAUGCGAUCCAUGGGUACCGCGAAGUGGAGAGAAAGAAGUGGACACCCCACAGUCGUGCUGUGUUGGACCGCGUCUCCAGAGAGGCCUGUGGCGGUCAUGUGUUGCCCUUCGUCCACGUCCUGGACCUGGCUGAGGUUGGCAUGGUUAAACCGCACGUAGACAGCACUCGGUUUUGCGGGCACACCAUCGCGGGCAUCAGCCUGCUCAGCGACUGCGUUAUGCGACUAAAGCGGGCCACCAAAGAUACCGUUGGCCACUCCGCGGAUGUUCUCCUGCCGCGACGCUCACUUUACAUCAUGAGCCAUCUGGCGCGGUACGAGUUUACGCACGAAAUAUUGGUCGGUGAACAGUCGCGGUUCAGGGAGUACCCGGUGAAAAGGAGUCGACGCAUUUCCAUAAUUUGUCGAACGGAACCUUGAACACACACCCUUGCGUAUACGUUACGGGGAUCGCACUGAUCCUGAUGACCAAAAAUUGAGUCACUGUACAGACACUGGUAAUCAUCCCGAUCUGCUUGCCCUUACCGGUGGGCGUUGCCUUUUCUAAUCUGCCAAAUAUCAACCGAUGAGGAAGGUGGGUACAUAAUAGGCACACCGAAAUUAGCCGGAGCAGUUGCAUUGGUUAGGCAGGAUCCACAAAAAACUGGGACACGAUCCAGGGGACUCUGCUAAUUGACGGGGACUACACUAUUUAUUUUGUGUUUAAAGCUUUAAAAAGAGCGUAGACAGUCAGUGCUUUUUAAAACUAUUAAAGAAUACAACUUAUUUUAUGAAGAAAGUAGAUUUCUGGUCGCAGAAACAUUGUAAUAUUUAUACCUCGUUAAAGAAGAGUUGUUUAAAUUGGUAGGCAGCAAAACAAUACUUACGUAUUACUAAAAUAAUAUUUUUAAGCUUAUUGGACUUUUGGAGCAUAGCACAUCACAUUCCUUAUGUUUUUAGAAUGAUUAGUGUUCCUAGUGAAAAAAGUCUGGUUGAUAGGAAUGUACAGGUAUAUACAAUAAAUGUUUAUUCCGAUUCAGUGAUCAGUUAAAUGUAAUACAGAUUGCGGGCUGAGACAAAUCACACUUCAGAUUCACCCAAGUACGAUCCACUAAAUCAAAUGUGCAUAAUGCAUAACUUAAUCUAACUACCUGCACGGUAUAAAUAUUGGGUUCAUCUUAACCUCGCGCUUCCAAAUUGUCUAAUCCCUAUUAAUGUUAAAAAUGUUAUUUUUUUCUCAAAUAUAUGGUUUGAUGCUUUUCUACUUUCUUUUGUA